AUAGUCGUCCUUAACUUCCUUAACUUUUCCCAUUCAUUCUCUAUGGUAGUUCUUAUCACUACGGAUGUAAUAUUUUUCUGGCCACAAGCGGGAUUUUGGUGGCGCUGUUUCCCCCCUCGGCAGAAGUAAGGGGAUGAUUUAUUUUCUGAGUGACAGACAGCAUCGAACGUUCUCGGGCGUUGAACGUUCUGGAAGAGUUGACAAUUAUUUUCAUCCGUGGACAAGUUAACUUUUCGCCAGGAGACACCAAGUUAACAACAACAAGUUAGCUUUUCAAUUUGAAAAGAAAUCAUGAAUCCCGUCAGCUUCUUCCCCGGAAAGAUGACGGUGACAUUUAGGAGGGGACCAUCGGGUCAUCUGCGGCAGGACCCAUCCUCUGAGGCCAUGAGGAUAAAACAUAAUCCUGGGCUUCAGGUCAAUAGUCCCGCUGAGAAACCUGAGCUAGUGAAGACCAGCGCUCGCACUGUGGUCAUCCAGCGAGGAGGGGAUGUGUCGGACCGACAGGAGGUGAUGGGAGAGUACCUGCUGCAGUUUGGCAAGUACCAGGGAAAAUCGUUCAAGUGGCUCCUCGAGAACGAUGUUGGCUACACCAUCUACCUGAUGAAAAAGGUAGACGAUGAGGAGAGAGCCGGGACCUUCAACCCACAGGGACACAGUAAGGACAGCCUGCUGUCUUUUCUGGACUAUGCCAGGAGCUUCCAGGAAAUACAGGACCUGAGGAACUACCUGAUCUCCAGGAACCCUGCUGAACCUGUGGCGUCAGAGGGGGACAAUAUUGUCGGCUUUGGUCGCAGGGCCAAAACCACCUGGAGGCAGAUCUGGGAGAGCAGGGCGGAUGGUUAUGCUGCCUACAUCUCACGCCAAAAGUGCAUCAAAAACAGCAAGAUGUACAACCUGCAGCAGUACAUCCUCAAGCAGGAAAGGGCUGAAUCCUGUCCAACACCUGCAGAAGGCUCCACUACAUCUACUGCCUCCAUCCCAACAUCAGGCACUCUAGAAGGCUCCACCACAUCUACUGCCUCCACCACAUCUACUGCCUCCACCCCAACAGCAGGCACUCUAGAAGGCUCCACCACAUCUACUGCCUCCACCACAUCUACUGCCUCCACCCCAACAGCAGGCACUCUAGUGAUGGAGGAGGACGAGGAACUGGAGAGACAGAUGUUGAACCUGUCUCCAUCUUUAUUUGACACCGGAGUAAGCAGGUGGAUCAUCAAGGGUGAAACCGUAACUCUUCCGGUACUUGAUCAAAUGUCCCCGGUGCUUUCAGGCCCACCAGCAGCAGUCCAGGGAAGAGCAGCUGUGGAUCCAACGAAAGGAAUUAACAUGCCGUCGAAGAUGGUAAGUGUUUUGUGUUAUAUGCAUGCUUCAUUUAAGCUGUCGUUCAAGGAUUUGGCGUGUGAAAUACCACAGAGGCUUAGAUACAGGUUCACAUGCCACAUCUUUGAUUGACCAGUGAUAUUCUUACUAUAUACUUAUAUUGCUUCUGUGCUUUACCUGUUCUCAGAUGCUUAAACGAUUUGUGUUAUUACAUUUCAAAUACACAACAAUUCAAAAUUGAAUGAAAAAUGUUUAGUCUGUGCUACCAGUUAGCUGCAAAGACAACAGGUAAAGUCAGAUUGCAAAGCAUAAGAAACUUAAAUGUGUGAGGAAAAUGACACUGAUUGU